AACCUCCACUCUUUGCUCAGCCCGGAUGCUUGCAAGGAUUCAGGAGGUCAGCAAGGAUGCUGAUCCUGUCUGCAUCUGUUGCUCGCGGGACAUUUGUACUCUGCGAGUACGACGCUUCAACAGGUGCAGAUGACUUGACAGAAAUUUCCCGCAAGGUUUUGCCAAAGAUCCCACGUACGGGAGCAAUCAGGUCCUACGUCUAUGGAGGCCACACCUUCAACUACUUGUUGGACAAGGAUCUGAUCUUCUUGUGCAUCGCUGCACCCACAGCAACUGAGUUGGUCUUUGAAUUCUUGAAUGAGUUCCGAAGGACCUUUGAGUCCCUGUCACGUCGAAGCAACCGUGAAGUUGAAUUGGCCAGGAUGCUCCGUGACUUGAUUAUGAGAUAUAACUCUGACGGCGGGGGUCGAGUCCAACAAGUGGAGAGGGACCUCGAGGAUGUCACUGACAUGAUGCGCAACAACUUGGGAAAAGUCAUGGAGCGGGGAGAGCGCAUUGACUCGUUGCUGGACAAGACAUCCGCCUUGAAAGCUGAGUCUGUGUCUUUUCGAAGCAGUGCGAAGCGAUAUAAUGAUGACCUCUGGUGGAAAGACCAACGAGGCAAGAUGUUCCUAUGCAUCUUGGCGCUUGCCAUCGUCGUAAUCUUGACCUGGCUCAUAGUGCAUAACAGUGAGAAGCUGACAGAUUCUCCCCGCUGACCGAAAAAAAGUUGACCGACACGAUUUUAGCCCCAG